GACCACAGAUAGACGUGCGAAACGAGUUUUUACUUUUAAAUAUUACUUUUUUAACACACAAAGUCAAAAUGUCGCGUGCAUUAUUCCAUUUAAGUGUUGUAACGAUAAAUACGUUCGUAAUGUGGUACGAUCAAACGUAUAUCACGUUUCCGUUUCCUGUUAAAGAAAUGGAGGGAUUUCCGCUCAAGUCGAGAAGCAUGUUUCUUACUAUAUGGUGUCUGAUUUUACAGACCGUAUACCACUUCGUCGCAUUCCUGAAUGACGUCUUCGGGACGGACGCUCGAUCGCCAAAGAAACGUCCAGCGAUCCGGCAAAUUAAAGACACCCUAUUCGCCCUUGUCUUCCCAACAGCAAUUUACGUGUCAGUCGCAUUCUGGGGGAUAUAUUUCACUGACAAGGAGCUCAUAUUCCCAGAGCGAAUAGAAAAGUUAUACCACCCCGCGCUUAACCAUGUGAUGCAUACCACAGUUACGGUAUUUAUUAUUAUAGAAUUAUUCACGUCAUAUAGAAAUUAUCCGUCGAGAAACAUCGGGUACCUAAUGACGUUCUCGCUCUACAUAUCAUACAUUCUAUGGUUUUUCGUUAUUUAUGCCAAAACUGGGGCCUGGGUGUACCCUGUAUUCGAACCUUUGAAUUGGCCAAUGAGAUUCGUCUUCAUUGCGCUAAGCUUAGUUGUAGCGAGUGGUUUAUAUAUUUUGGGUGAAAAAGUCAACAACUAUGUAUGUAAGACUCGCAGGCAAGUUUAUACCAAUGGUACUACAAAUGGUACGGCGAAGAGUAAGAAAAAAUCAUAGAUAUACCUUCUCUUAAGUUCCGUUUUCCCUUCAAAGCCUGGUUUCCUCACACGAUUAGUUGAAUCGUCAGAUUGUCAUCCACUGAUACGAAUGUGUAAUAAAAAUAUAAGAAACUUUAAA